CAAUUUUUCGACAUCAGGCUCUAAAACAAGAGGGAGGAGGACAAGGAAGUCUUCCAAAUCCACAAAGAAGGUGGUCGAGAAUGCUGGGCAAGACUCGGAGUCUUUGUUGCUACAGGUGGAGAUGAAGCUGUUGAAUAAGAGUAGUCUGGUGGAGCAGGCGGCGCAAAAGAAUGAACAUGAACGAGUAAAGGCUCCUGUAGAUCCUUCUACUUGGCCGAUUGCUCAGUUUUUAUGGCUCAGCUCCAACUAGAGAUGUUUCAGGACGAGAGCAAGUUGUAAAUAUGUAGGAAACCAUAACUAUAACCCUAAACUCUUGCCCUCUAAGAGGACAGGAUUCCGGAGGCUUCAGUUGGGGAGACGCACCUUAUCAAGUCUAUAGAGAGGCGUACCAUGAACAGCCAGCCGGAGGGAAGACGCAGUUCUAUAGUAAAGCAACAUUAAGGCUUCAACUGAAAUCCCGUGUAUGCUUGAUAUUGUAUCAUCAUCACUCUAACGCCUAGAAGGCCCUACCUCGUCUAACAACAUGUCAACACCAAACAGGUGUGGGUGUCUUGGGCAUGAUGUGCGGAAGGAACAAGCAACCUCCGACUGGAGCGGUGAAUUUUACGGCUAGUUGAAAUCACUAUCCCAUGUAGGCGGUGCCGAAUGGAGUCUGAUCCUUUGACUUUUUAAACGGGAAAGAAAGUUCCCCCUUCUACUUUCUUUUCCCCCUCGAUCUGAAGGGGAAGCUAUGAGAGGAAAGGGCAACUCACUCAACCAGGGAUAUUGAAAAAACUCCCUUUAAUGAUUGGAUAAUGGCAGGCCAAGAAGACAGCGAGUACGAGGCUAUGUGUGCCAUCAAUCAGUUGAAUCCGAACGGCGGGCAAAAAUUAAGAAUCAACAUGAACUAAGAACCAGACUCUUGUUGUUAAACAUAAAAAGCUCUUUUUGUUAUAUAUAAGAUUGAAUAAAUGCAAGAGCAACCUGUUAGUCUUUUCCUCAUAUCCAACUUGGGUUAGUCCCUCCAAUCAACAUAAGAAACUCGUCUUGGAGUUAAUAGCUAUAAUUAGCAGGAAUUAUACUUGCUUUAUUGGACACCUUGAGUGUGCUCAUUUUCAUCACUAAAUAUAGGCGUUGUUCCAGGGAUGGAUCUUAUAUGUGCGAAGGAUGGCAAAUUUCCUGUUUCCUUGUCUCGAGGCAGCGAUUGCACGGAGAGAAAUGAUCUUAUAUUAAGGCUCAGUAGAGGACUUCACUCCUUCGUCUUCAUUCGUCGGUCUGUAUCUUGCUUCGCCAGUGGCAGAAGAUGGCCACCGGCCGUGCAGUAUGAUGAUGUCAUCACAUAGAGAAAAACAACCGGUCGUUAGCUUUCAACAUCCCUCGUAUUUAUUUUCCCUUCGUCGAGAUAUAGUUCGUUACAUCUGGCAAGGCUAUUCCUUGUCCGUAAUUGAUCGCAAAAGUCUAGUCCUCUCAUCAUUAUUUUCCCUUCAUGAUAGAUUGGCCAUUCUAGAAAGACUGUGGUUGAAAGGCCAAGGCCAAACAAAGGGAAAUGAAGGGCACACGCUUCCUUGGAUCACGAUUCUCGUGACUGAGAGUCGUUGUUUGUGGUUAGAUUGCGCUGGAAACAGAGUCGUUAGAGGUGACUCUCCUUAGGAGGUACUACAGCAUUGGGUGGCCUCACAAGUAGACAGCAAUAGCUACAUAAAAAGAGGCGCCAUGACAUGACAUCCCCUUCAGAGAGACCAACUUCACCUGUGACCAAGAAUGAGCCGCUCCGACCACCUCUAAGUGCAGGCGGAGGUUGCUCCACGUUUGACGCGGGACCCGGAGCUCAGUAUUUAAGGGUUAAAGCCACCUUCUAUUUGUGAUACAGGGGAUGGAUCUCCCUACAGUUGUAUGUAAUUUGUACCAUUGAUUUUGAUACUAGUUGUAUGUAAUUGGCUUCUCCCUUUUUAUAAGGUUGAGGCUUAGGUCCGUAAGGUGGACCGAACGCCGUAGAGCUUUCCACCAUAGUCCCACCGCUCACAUCCCCCUAAUAUAAAGGUGAUUGCUUCUUGCUCUUCUUCCAUGCGUGACGCAAAAUGCGUCACGCGUGACGCAAAAUGCGUCACGCGUGACACAAAACGCGUCACGCGUCACGCGUCACGCGUCACGCGUCACGCGUCACGGCCGACCCAUGGGCCCACAUGAUUCGACUGUGGGCCCACAUGGAUCAAGCGAAGCGUGGGCCCACAUGGAUCAAGCGAAGCGUGGACCCAUGGAUCAAGCGUGGACCCAUGGAUCAAGCGUCGACCCAUGGAUCAAGCGUCGACCCAUGGAUCAAGCGUGGGCCCAUGGAUCGAUCGACUCCGGGCCCCGGGAUCUUCCGCGGCCACCCGAAACCAACACGGAGAACACCCAUCGCGCGCGCGACGCUAGCGGCAUGACUGACACCCACAAGAAGACCAAGAAGAGGCGCCCUAUCUUACUUGGUAAGCCUGCCAGGUAAGGCAUCCACAUACUAAAAAGCCACAGCGUUACGACUAGCCAACGCAUAACCCAUCUACCUCCCUCCACACCCCUGCGCAUCGCACCCGGGACGUUCGUGGCUGCCUAUGCGCCUACUUUCCGCCGCCGUUCUUCUUCACCUUUUUCGCGGCUCGCUUGCCCUUCUCGGCCACCUUUUUCGGGUUUUUACGCUGCUCCUCGGCUUCCUCCUUUUUCCUCGCGCGGUUCCUGGCGUUCCUUUCUGCGUUUUGCUUCCGCCGCGUGUCAUCGGAGACCUUGGCUUUUGCUGCUGCUGCCGCCCUCUGCUUUGCGCGUCGCUUCUGCUGCCGUUGCCUGGCAAGCUGUCGCGCCCGCUCUUCAGCACUGAGCACGCGCCCCGUCUGACUCACUCUGGCAGAGACCAGCAACACCGGCAGCGCCCUCAUCUUUCACCUGGGGCGCCUCGGUCGACUUUGUGGCAGCCGGCACGCUGCUCACGCUUGUGGCGUUUCCAUGGGCCUGCUCUGCUUUGGCAGUCUUUAACAGCGAGCCCCUGCCGACGAAAUGCGAAAACGGUCGCAUCUCAUUCACCUUCUUCCCAACCUUUGGCCUCGCCUUUUCUGCUUUUUUUGUUAGAAAACGGCCGAGGGCUGUCGUCUCCUCUUGCCUGCUUACUUCGAUACACCUCAGAGGCUAUAGAUCGAGAAACACAAAAUAAAGAGACAACAACCCCCCACCCUUAGCUUCUUCUUCUGCUCGCUUCUCCACUUCCGAGAUCGCUCAGCUGCCUUCGUCGUCGCGAUCCUCCGAACACGACCCGCCCGAGCGAAAGACCGUAACCGGCGCGCCAGCUUUCUUUCGUGGAUGGCGGCGCUCCGGCUAUCGAGUUGGUUUACACGCAGCACAGAGCUCGCGCCCUUCUUUUCCGCUUUUUUUCUGCGGGUUUCCCGCUCGCGAGCUUGGUACUCUCGUUCCCGACGCGAUGCCGCUACGCGGUCCGCCUCGCGCUUUUUUCUUUCAGACGGAAGCCACCUCUUGAAGAUGAGCGGCGCCACCAUGUUCGAGACACUUGCCGCAACAGUCGCGAGCGCUUCCGCUUGUGUGUGCGCUGCUGUAGGCCACCUCCUCAGAAGUGCCGCGCCCAUCUUCAUGAAGAGGAAGCAGCUGAGCUUAGUCUCCAACAGCGGCCGAGUCUGGCGGUAAACACUGGCGCCCAACGUGCCGACUUCGCGAUGGAGCGCCUCGUUUCCAGCAGUGCCCGUUCCGUGUUCGUGUGCUUCAAAAGGCGACAUCUCCGCGAGUCGGAGACUGUGGUUGCGUAAAAAGCUGUAAUGGUCGCACUGUGCCGGCAGAAGGUCAGAGAGCUUCUUCCCGCUCCGUUUGUCUUUGCGGCUAAGUUUUUCGCCCUCCGCUAUUGCGACGACCGAGACAGCGCCGAGCUUCUUCCCAAAGUUUCCUCAGUAGACGAGUCCCGUAAGAGCUCGCGGGCAUCUUCAGCUGACAGACUGACACCCUCCGCAUAUCCUGCGCGGCUUUGUUCGGCGUCAGCAGAUCCAACACGUCGAAAGGUCUCACCCGCCAGGGGACUUCUUGGACAACCGAAAAACUGCAUCGCAAUCGCGUGAACCUUUUCGGAUACCCUGUUCGGCUUUUCUCCGCUGACCUUUUCCAGGCGGGUCUUCAGGUGUACUGGGUCUUCCGUUAUUGUUCGCAAGUUGGGGAAGAGUUCACGCAAGGCCUCAUAGCCAGAAAGCAAGACCUUCGGCGAGUCGCAGCAGAUCGAGAGCACCCGCCCACGAUGCUCGGCCGGGACAGACGACCGCAAGAAGUCCAGGAUGUUUUCAAAGCUCUCACUUUUCGCGAGCUGGAUGCCAAGUGCUGCGCCCAGGUUAGAGGAUGAGGCAUCGGCCUACCAAAAUGCUAGAGCGCUCAUCUGCUUCCCCCUUUUCAUUCAUAUUUAUCAACCAUAUCGGCAAGCUGUAAGAAUUAGCUAGCAGCUGCCUGCGAUGGUGCGCCAAUAAUAGAAAGAAGAACCACAACACCCACGAAGCGGAAUCCCUUUCGUCUUCAUCUACAUGCAUCACGGCGCUGACUAGGGGCAUACUUACUACGAGCUUGCUAAUUAAUCAACUGGCACCACACAAGUGAGAGAAGCAGCGCCUACAUGGUACUGACCUAGAUCAUCCCCAUAACGGUGCGGCCCUUUAACGUGAGGCAUUUGUUGCUGGUCGCCCCAGUCUUGCCGGCAGGAAUGUCUCCGAUAAUCGAUUGCGCUUGUUAGAGCUGCCGGGAGAAGUCUCGGCCACUUUGGAAGAAUGGGGCCCCCUUAGUUGCCACCUCCUCAACAUGUAAAGCAAUAGCUCUGGAGAAUCCUGCGAAUCACCAACGGGCUUAGUAUAAGGAAACCACGACCAACGAUCGCCCGACCUCCAUCAGAACGGGCCCCAAGAUAGUCCUCUGGCUAGGCAUAAAGCACAGAGCACCGGGGCCGCUUUUAUUUGCCAGCAGAGACCUAAGCUACUUACUACCGAGAAUAUUGCACCCACCCACACAGGGGGGGCCUGUCCUAAAAAAAACACGAAAGGCCAUAAGUGACGUUGGCCGUUCCAUCGAUGCCGAUAUCUCUGCACUCGUCGAAGAUCUCGCACAAGUUCAACCGCAUGGCCGCCAACAUGUCAGCGAUCGUCUUGCCCUGAAAGAUGCGCUGCAAAAUCUGGGACAACACUCGGCGACACGGGAAAAGACACACGAGGCCGCAUUCUUCGGGUGGCCGCUUACUCCUGAGCGCUUCGCUGGUCAACCUCACAAGGAUGGAAGAAGGUCGGCCCUUGGUCUCGAGGGCGUGCGCCGUCACAUCCUUCAAAAGCUGCUGCGUCACUGCAAGACGUGUCGAAAGCCUCUCCGCCGCUAAGACAUCAGGAUGAUCAGCCAACAAGAGGCGCCCGCCUGUUGUGUCGAUCACAACACGAAAAUCCUCACGACAUCCUCCGAGCGAAGAGCCACGCGGACUCCCUUCUUGAUGGUUUCGAUUCCACAGCCGCACACGCUCCGCGGCGUCUCGCAAAGGUGUCGGCGGUUCUGUCUCCACAUGGAGCGCCCUGAUGCCGCUCGCGCUGGCUUGCGCCACAGCUUGCACGGACACGCCGGCACUACCUGGAGAGAAAGAAGGCCAUCACUCGAGCAGAAGAAAGUCAGGCGAAAUAAGAUAGACGGAAACACUUCACGCAAUUCAAUAGACUGGGCGACUGAUGUGAAAGACUGCGGCUCAAUACUUCCAAGAAAAAAAGAAAGAAGAGCGAUAGCUGGAGGGACUGAUCUGAAUACCAGCCAGCGCACCCAAAUCCCACGGCGGUGGAAAUUUCUUCUGCGACGCUUUUGAGGUGUCAUCAUACAAAGCGCGCGCUAUGGCCAUGAAUCCACGGAGAGGAUGCUCCAGCGACUUCUUCUUCCGGUCGUUUUUUGCGACUAGAUGCAUCCGCUUCACAUGACUCGCGAGCGAGAUGGCAUGCUUGAAGCUCUUGUAAGGGCAAAGAGCACAAUGCCACACCUUCCCAGGGACACAAUUCCCCUGCCGCCGAAGUGUCAUCUGACGCUGUUGGUCCUCCCGGUAUGCUUGCCAGCAGACAUCGCUGUAACGCUGUGCUUCUCCUGUAACUGCUUCACAGAACAACACAUCAGCCCCGUCGCUUGUCGCUACACGCGUGAGAAGCUGGCCAGCCUUAGCGGAAAUAUUUGCACCAAGACGAAUCCCUACAAACUGCGCAGGACCCGCCGCGACAGUCAGCGCCGCGCCCUCUGGUGGCUGCAACAGCCCAACUUCUUCAGCAACCUCUGGCGGGCACAAGCUUGGGGGUGUGCUCACGCGCGACCCCUUUCGUUUGCGUUUCCCCGUCUUCUUCUUCUUCUUCUUCAUCAGGCGGAUUUUGUCCGUCUGUUCUUCUUCUGAAGACGCCUCGACGUCUUCCCCGCUUUCCGAGGCAUCCCUCUUGCGCUGUGAGGGCCCGCCUUCUGUCUCUGCCUCCUCCUUUUUGCUGUGCGGUUCUGCAAGCUCAACCAUCGAAGAGCCUCCCGCCUCUGCUUCGUCGAUGCUGUCUACCCUCUCACCGAAGACGAGGCUGAUCUCGUUCCCGAUCUUACGAAGAGCAUCCACAAAAGAGCGAACUGCCGCCACUGAGUUGUCAUUGCAGAAAUACCAGACACCCUCGCGCCGCACUACUGCAACGUAAUGCCCGCUCUCGACAUAGCGGCCGACAUGACGCACGAGGCCCGUCACCCUGAACGUCGCACCCCCUAAAGUGAAGAACUCACUUGGCACAUUGAUGGGCGUGACCAUUUUCAUCCCGUUCAGCGCCUGCCGCGGGGGAAUCUCGAUAGCGCACGCCUUUGUGCUUAGACCAUCACCAGGAAGCGAGUGGCUAUUCUUGAACUGUACGUGUCGACUGAACUGGCCGCAAGGCUGCGAACCUGGUGCGCCACUGUCUUCAGAACAUGUCACAUCUGGCGCCGUGUUGCCUUGUUUGUCCAGGAGCUUCUGGAGGGACAAGCCCCGCAGAGGAAGGCCCUCAGUCCCAGCCGUGACCAUCGGAUGAGGAUCCGAACAGGUUCGACACACUCCACCACAACGCCGGCACGGGUUUACUCGUUCCGUUUCUGUCAUCACCAUGGUCACGGUGCCACCAAAUUCGUCCAAAAGACGCCCGCAAAGCUCUCCCGAUGAAUGCUCGAACCUUUUCCCAAAAUCAGCCUCAUACCGUGGCCCCCAAGGAGCGUCACUGCUGAAAGAUUAGGGCCAAGCCGAUAGCACAGGCGAGAAGCAGACGAGACCCGUCAGAGAAAGGAAGAAACAUAGAAAGGGGCCGGCGCCUAGGGUGUUGGCGCCAGUUCUAAGACCGAGCGCAGUCCAAAGGCUAAACCUCAUUGCUCAACUUUAUGAAGCCCGUCAGCGUAGUAAGUUCAAUCAUCCAGCCACGACGCCCUUCGUCUUCAAUCACAUCAAUACCGAGGCCAUGGCUAUGGCGCUAAUUCUACUAAAGUCAUAGACUAGAUCUCAAAUAGUCGACACUGAAAAACGAGGGGAGCGCCAGGCAGUAACCAACAAGCCGGCGCGCGCACGCUCACGUCUUUCGUUUUCCCUUGAAAUAACAACGACGACACCGGAGCCAUAAUUAACUAUCCGCAGGAAAGAGCUGCAAAGGCUCCAAACCGAGGCCACUCUGCCUCAUUGUCCUCAACACAUCCGCCAGCCAAGAGCGCGGGCAGCUCCUCAACGUUUCCGCAGCAAUUAGAAAGGCCCACCCCUGAAAAAAAGACACAGACCACAGCGACGAGCCCCCAAAAGGCUAACCCCCAAGCAAGAUGGAAACUACUGCAAAGAUUUCAGAGCUAGGCUAUCCUUACCCAUAAGGCAAGAGGCUGACACGUCUGCCAGCACUGAAGGACAGCGUGCGCGAAGCAUCUGGUCUGCGCAGUAAAUGUCUUGCGCUUGUCGCCGUUCCUACUCUCACCACCGAAGACAUAGACUGGAGUCACGAGGCCACGCGGAACCACUACCGCCGCGGGGCUUAAGCCUUGCGCCAUUGUCUCCGGUUUGCUUUUCUUCUUUUCUGUUUUGAAAGAGCGCGGCGGCGAUCUCGAGGCAAAUCGACCCCCUGACGUCUCGCCAAGCCACUAGCUUCGCGAGGCGAAUCCGGUUGCUUCUCGCAAAGCCCCUAGGGUAGGUAGUAGGCAAGAGGCAAACUCGUCAGAGCCGGCUGUCGCAAGUCCACUAGUAGCCAAGAGGCAAACUCAUCGGAGCCAGCUGUCGCAACGCCACUAGUAAGGAAGAGGCAAACCCGUCGGGCAGGCCAGCUGUCGCGAAGCCGCUAGUAGCUAGGACCCGUUGGCUCGCAACACCUCAAAGACGCCGCUUCGCAAACCCGUCCGAAGCCGUUGCUUCGCAACACCUCAAAGCCGCUGCUUCGCAAAGCCGCCCGAGCGUUGCUCCGCAAAAUCUCAAAUGCGCCGCUUCGCAAAACCGUUCGAAGCCGUUGCUUCGCAACACCUCAAAGCUGCCGCUUCGCAAAAUCGUCCGAAGCCGAUGCUUCGCAACGCCUCCAAGCUAAGUCCGUUGUCGUCGUUGGAAUGAAUUGCGCUUAAUUAUCUGUUCGCGGUUCUGCGGUUCUCCCUCAGAUGCUGCUUGGGAUGCUGAAUUAUCUGCCGCCGUGCUAUCCCGUGGCCAGCUGCAAGACAAGACGUCACCCCAAGACGUAGCAGGGAGAAUUGCAGCCGGCCUUAACGCUUGCCGCGCAACCGCCUGAAGCUGUUUGCUGUUUCGCAAAACUUUUGAGAAGCCGCUUUUUCGCAAAGCCACAAAGCCGCUGCUUGCUUCGCAACACCUCCGAAAGGCCGUUACUCGCAAAACCACAAAUCCGGCACUUGCUUCGCAAAACCUCAAGCCGCUGCUUAUUUCGCAAAACCGUCCGAAGCCGUUGCUUCGCAAAACCGUUCGAAGCCGAUGCUUCGCAAAACCGUUCGAAGCCGAUGCUUCGCAAAACCGUCCGAAGCCGUUGCUUCGCAAAACCACAAAGCCGCUGCUUCUUCGCAAAGCUGUCUGAAGCCUAUGCUUCGCAAAAUCGAUCGAAGCCGUUGCUUCACUAAAUCGAUCGAAGCCGUUGCUUCGCGCAACCGUUCGAAGCCGUUGCUUCGCAAAACCACAAAGCCGCUGCUUGUUUCGCAAAACCACUAGGCCAGCUUUUUCCGUUUGACUUCGAAUGGGUUUCCUGUUAGUGCUACUGCGAUUCUCUCUUGUGUGCUGCUUGGGGUGAAUCUUCCGUCGUGCUCUCCCGUGGCCGGCUGCAAAGAUGUCACCCCAAGACUCGAUAGGGAGAAUCGCAACCGACCGCAACGCUGCUGCGGCCGUGGUCUGGGUGUCGUGUACUACGGUCGAACGCAUGAAGAAGAAGCUGCUGCUGCAGGUCCACUACUCUACUAGAAGAUAGAGGCCACGUAAACACGCGCGGAAAAGGGGAAAGCUGCUUAUCGGAGAAGUAGAGCUUGACGUAGAAGCACUGCUUGCUGACCGGGCCGCACUGUCUUCGUUAGCUAACCGCUUUACUAGAGGUCGCCGAGAGAAAAAAAAUUUUUACGCUUUUACUCCAUCGGCAGUCUUCGCCAGUCCGCGUAGCGCACCCACGCAAGAAGACUGAAUGCUGCUUCUGGGCACCCACGUCACCAAGAAGAAGAUAGAUAACGCAAGCAAGCGCUUUCCGUCAGUUAGCCAGCGCGCUCCUUCUGCUUAUCUUGUUCUUCGUGUAUCUAUCGUAUGUCGCUGAUAGUAUUGCUAUCUAUCCUUAUGUUGUUGGUUUUUUAUUUUUUCAAGACACGAGACUAGUGUAGUUGUAUCGUGCUAUUCAACUGCGGCAGUUGUUCGUCGUUGCCAUCGUUUUACUGUGCCGAAUGAUCGAAGUCGGGUUCGGUUCUCGGCUGUUGCACCAAUGUAACCAAGAUUGACUGUUCUCUCCACGCAACAACUGCCAUCCAUGUAUUUGAGAUUGCGUGAGCACUUGAGUACUUUGCUCAAGUUGUAGCCAAGUUUCAGGAAACUUACUCACUUUGUUGCUUACGUGUUGCUUACUUGCAUAUACGUGAAAACGUAGUUACAAUCUAGCUCAAAACAAACGUAGACUACAUCGUCGAAGGAUGGCCAUAGGUUGAGAAUCGUUCAAGUGUCUCAGUCUUGUUUUGUCGUGCUUCUUUUUUGUGCUUGUACUUACGUGCGCACCGUUCUUACGUUCUGAACUGAACUUGCGCGCUCUCGCUGACAAACGUCUAAACUCAUGCGAAGUUCUGUCAUACAUGACCGAUUUCAGGCUUCGCACUUGGACCUUCACAACGUGCCAGCUCUCUUGACAACUCUUGACUGUCAGUUCUGGUUACGCAUAUACGUGACAACGUAGCUGCAAUCUAUCUCAAAACAAAACUAGACUACAUCGUCGAAGGAUGGCCAUAGGUUGAGAAUCGUUCAAGAGUCUCAGCCUUUUUUUGUCGUGCUUCUUUGUUGCGCUUGUACUUACGUGCGCGCCGUUCUUACGUUCUGAAAUGAACUUGCUUACUCACGCUGACAAACGUCUAAACUCAUGCGAAGUUCUGCCAUACAUGACCGACCUCAGACUUCCCACUUGGACCUUCACAGCCUGCCAGUUCUCUUGGCAGCUCUUGGCUGUCAGUUCUGCCUACAGCUAAGAGGCACGCGUGGACUUUUACGCUCAGGCUGGUGCGCAAGAUGCUCCCCUUCGUUCUGCUUCUCUUGAUCUUGAUCCUUUGAACUAAUUAUAUGCAGAAGCCUGCUGUCUAUUUUUUGAAAAAGGUGCGACGUAGAUUAUCAAGGGUCCACAGAUCUAUCAAGGGCCCGCGGAUGGGAUCUAUCAAGGAUCCACGGAUCUAUCAAAGAAAGAUCCGUGGAGCGAUCGAAGAUCCGCGGAUCUAUCAAGGAUCCACAGAUCUACAUCUAUCAAGGGCGCGCGGAUCUAUCAAGGACCCACGGAUCUAUCAAAGAAAGAUCCGUGGAGCGAUCGAAGAUCCACGGAUCUAUCAAGGAAAGACCAGCGGAGCGAUCGAAGAUCCGCGGAUCUAUCAACGAUCCACGGAUCUAUCAAGGAAAGAUCCGCGGAGUGGUCGCAGAUGAGGCCCGCGGAUCUAUCAAGGAUCCCCAGAUCUAUCAACGAUCCACGGUUCUAUCAAAGAAAGAUCUGUGGAGCGAUCGAAGGUCCGCGGAUCUAUCAAGGAUCCACAGAUCUACAUCUAUCAAGGGCGCGCGGAUCUAUCAAAGUCCCACGGAUCUAUCAAAAAAAGAUCAAGAUCCACGGAUCUAUCAAGGAAAGACCAGCGGAGCGAUCGAAGAUCCGCGGAUCUAUCAAGGAUCCACAGCUCUACCAAGGAUCCUCGGAUCUAUCAAGGAUCCACGGAUCUAUCAAGGAUCCGCGGAUUUAUCAAGGAUCCCCGGAUCUAUCAGAGAAAGAUCCGCGGAGCGAUCGAAGAUCCACGGAUCUACCAAGGAUCCGAUCCACAGAUCUAUCAAGGACUCACGGAUCUAUCAAGGGUCCACGGAUCUAUCAAAGCAAGAUCCGUGGAGCGGUCGAAGAUCCACGGAUCUAUCAAGGAUCCACAGAUCUAGACUCGUCAAAAUCAGGCCCCUCCUGCCCGUUGUUGCGUGCUGCGUGACGCUUGAAAUUGAGGGCAGAUAUUUCAUCCCCCCCGAAGCUCUGGGCGUGACGCGGUGGGCGUCACGCGUCACGAAACAGCUCUACGGCGUUCAGUAAGUCCCAGCGGCGCUCAAAGCACUAACUAAAGCAGCCGGCUAGUUUUACCUCUAGAGACUUAGCCCUUCCAACAAAACUAGUUGUAUGUAAUUUGUACUACUGGAAAACUGAAAAUAACCGAGUUACUGACUGAAAUAAGGGAGGCAGCCUUGACAGGGCUACUCGUCCUUGUUUAGUAUCUCGCUUACUUUAUGUAGUUACUCGCUUAUUUCAGUUUAUCGAAUAGGUAGUCGUGACCCGAGUGGUCAGAGGUGAAGGCGAAGGAGUAGGACGAGAGGGAGAGAAGAGAGGACAUAUACGAUGACUGUAUUCAGGUCACCCAACAUCCACGGAAGUGAGCCAGGUCUUCGGGAGGCUCAUUGUGCAGGAUUCACAACCUCACCUAAAACCAAAUGAAAUCAAACAUGCUGAAGAAGGAAAAUACUAAAACUUUUCAUACUUACAUCUGGGGAACGACUUAUAUAUAGUUAUUAUCUAGUUUCAAGAACCUGCUUUAAGAUAGGACGGCGAUGAAGGUCUUGGAGCGAUAAAAGCGACUUACCCUGGUUUCGGCGGCGGUGGACGGGCGAUUAUGGUCAGCUUUUAUCCAUCUUUCUCGGCAUCUUGAUCUCCUUUUGCCUUGUAUUCUCAUGAAAUACAAGGUGAAAGGGAUCGAGAUGAGGUGACCAAGAUGGAGCAAAGCCGAGUCUAAGCCGAAGUGGAUUUGUGAAGUAACUCCCAAAACCAGCAUCAUCUGGGAUACUUUAUGGCAUCGCCAUUCUAAUUCCAAACAAAGCUCACCAUUUCUGUGAAUGGUGUAAUUCUGGAGUGAAUGGAUGUAAGUCUUUGUAUAAAUUUCAACAAAAAGAAUGGCCUUUGUUCUCCGUCGGCGGCAGCUGUUCGGGGAUAUUAUAAUUAUAGUCUAAAUAAACAAAUCCUACUCCUACACUCUUCUGAGUAGAUCAUGUGGAGUUGGGAUGCUUGUGCUCCAUGCACUGGCCUUUCUGCUUCGGGAAAGUUAGUAGCUGUUCUCCUAUUGUAUUCUUUCCACCUUAUUUUACCCGCAUUUUCACUGAUAGUAUAUGAUGGGAGCAGCAAGUAAGGAUUUUUUGUAUAAUGUGUGAUCAAGGGGGAGUAUUUGAUUCCCCGCUACUUCGUUUUAAAAGGGAGAUAUUAUCCGCGGCUGGCAUCUGUAGAAAGAGCAGCGUCAUCUAUCAUGUUGAGCUUGAUGACGUAGUUAUCUAGCAGGUAAGAACCUAACCUAUUAGUAUUACUGUUGGAACAUUCGAACACAGACUGUUACGUCGCGUGUAGUUUCUCAUUGAGAAGCGCUGGAGUUUGAUACAGAUUGCACUAACAGCCUGAGACAAAUGAUCUCUGGCUGCUUUGAUCCCUGUGGAUGUUCAUUGGGGUUGCAAGGAGGAAGUCUCAGCUUCAUCAUUGGGAUUCCAUGUUGUAUGGGGAAAACUUCCAUACGCUUCUUAUGGAAACGCUUAUGCUAUCAUCAUUGAUUCAUACGAUCAUCCAUAUGUUCUUUGAACUGAUCAGAACUGACAAAACGCUAUGAACCUGAUUACAGCUUGAACAUUCGUUAUUCCUGCUAUCUGAAUACGUUGAAGGUCUUUUGCCUGUUGAUCGUUGAUUUUGGAACCAUACGCAUUUAGGUCUGUGGGUUAUCUCUGAGAUCUUUCCGGUGUUGCUUUGUCCUUGACUGUGUUGGGAGGCUUGAGCCACAUACGAGAGAGAGAGGAGAAACCGCCGACACCCGCGCCAACUAAGGCCAACGCGUUGAAAGUGGUGCCGGUGGGUACCUUGUUCGCCUGGCGAUCUUGGUCAUUUUGAUGAUCUUCAUCCUUCUGAUCUUGGUGGAUCUUUGUGAUAGNGUGUUGCUUUGUCCUUGACUGUUUUGGGAGGCUUGAGCCACAUACGAGAGAGAGAGGAGAAACCGCCGACACCCGCGCCAACUAAGGCCAACGCGUUGAAAGUGGUGCCGGUGGGUACCUUGUUCGCCUGGCGAUCUUGGUCAUUUUGAUGAUCUUCAUCCUUCUGAUCUUGGUGGAUCUUUGUGAUAGUUCAAGGAUUUACGACCAUGACCAACACCCCUCCUCAGUCGUUGCGUGUCGAAGUCCCUAGUCUCAGGACUAUCCACGGAAAUCAUAUCUCCUAACUAUUCGUCUAUGGCUACGGUAUACUUGCCUAGAAACCAAAAUAAACCAGUAUUGAACUAGUUGGCCACUUCUCCGAGGCGAGCACAGGACGGGCCGGGCCCUUCCUCUGGGUCGCCGUGUCUCACCUCGUAUCCAGGCCUUGCCCGGCGGCUUCACAGCAUGGAUGCCGUUCCUCAGCCCUCCUAGUGGCGGGCAUUUUCGAAUUCUGACCUCUGUCGGAUUCGAACCCUGCGUCAUUCAGAUCCGGAGAAACUGAACUGAGACACUUGACCACUAGGCGAAAUGGCUACUCUUUUUGUAAGUUAAAUCUUCAUAGUUGACUUUUGUUUAUCGGGUUAUCUAUAUGGUGAAAUAGUAGUCUACGUUGAGACGAGCUACGUUCUAGGUUAGUUAAGCCAUCAGCCUUCACUAAGUUAGUUAGUUGGACAGAAAACUAUCUUACUGGCCGCAUCACGCACACGCAAGUAGCGAAGUGCAUAAUGGCGACUCUUCAGGCAUGUGUCAGUUGCUUUAGUUGUUGCGAUCUCGGAUUGGUUGUCGAUCCAGAGCACAGCAUUGUCUAAAGAGGGAGACAAACCGUUCUGCGUGUGCACCAACUGAGUUGGUAGAGGCCUAUAGAAGUCUGUAAAGUCAUGCAGCUCACUAAGCACAAUUGUGUCAGAAGCUGCAGUAUAUUCACUUUCAGCCGUAGAAUGAGCGCGGACAGUUUGCCGGUUACUUCUCCAACAAGCGACUGCAACGCCUUUGAAAUUAAAUACAUGAUCUCUCUCUUGCGUUCUCAUAGUUUUCACGCAGUUGGCGAAGCCUGCAUCACUAAAGAUAUUCACCUCUGGCCUAUCUCUGCCUUCAGGUAAUAACUUUGGAUAGAUUCUUCAAUUGGAUUCUUCUUCUUGUUCUGGUGAGUAUUCCAGUCCUUGGUCUCUCGUCACCAGAUACUUCAGCACUUUUCUGGCUGCUUUAACCAUUCUUGUUGACGUAGGUUUGCUGUCAUGUCUAACCAACGCCUGCCACCGGUACAGAGAUGUCCGGGCGCGCGGUUACAGCUACCCAUAGUAAGGCACCAACUACCUCACGAUAAGGAUACCCAUCGACUAUCUUGAUCCCCUCCUCAAGAAAAGUCGACUCGUCAAAAUAGGGCGAGUAAACCGGAUUCCCGACUUGGGUUUCAAAUCUCUUUGCGAUUCUAUCAAUGUACUCUUCCACGUUGAGCCGAUAUGUUCGAGCUUCACGACAGUAGUACACGACGGCACCUAAGAAGUCCUUGGUGACAUCUUGAGGAACUUCUCUGGUGCUUUCGCUCUCGGUUUUCUCCAUAAGCCUGGCGCAGAAUCACACGGCUCCCAGCCAAGAGUGGCUAGUAUGUCGUGACAUUUCUUCUUCUUGAACCAUGCCCGUGGUGCGUCCUUCAAGCUGUGUAAGGCCUUCUUGGGCUUCACGAUCUCGCGUCCAUGCUUCUCGGCCCAGAUGGAAUGGAUGGGAGAUGACAGAAGACAUCGCGAUCGAGUUCAGCAUUGAGGGACGCAGAAUCUAAAUCGAACGGGAUCACAUAGUCCUGCUCUGACGUAGCAGAGGUCAGGAGCAACCUAUUUGCGGUAUGUGAAACUACGGGAGCAAAGGUGUUUGGCUCUCCUGAACGAUCUAGAUUACCGAGGACACAAGCACAAGCCUUGUAUCUUCCACGUCUUUUGAUAGUUAGAUUUAUGGCAAUUGGUCGAGCCUGUCACGCGGUCGCAGGCUCCUCGUCAGAAGCUGCUUUCCACGUUUCAAAGGCUAGCAGUCUCGCAUGCUCAUCUCAAUAACCUCCUGCCACUUAUCGGCAUCGGGGACUUGAGUGCUUGAGCAACGGACAAAAUCGCACAUGAUUCGACGAGUUCCUCAUCUUCGUCGAGUUCACACAUGCCACCAGCUUGCACUAGCGAACAGCGCCAUACUUUUCCUCAAUUCUUCUAACUGUUUCUUUGUUCUUCGUACCCUGCUGCCUGCCUUGUCCUUAGCUCCUUUCGGUCGGCCACGCUUCUCGCCGUGUGUAUGGCGUUCGCCUGCCACAACACGUGCUGGAGAAGGCGCUUUCAACCUAGACGGACUAGGCGGAGCAGAUGUCACGCGAUCCUUCGCUUCAGCUUUCCCCUCCUCAAGUGAAACACCUUUAGGAGAGUCAGCUGCGUUGGAUUCCUCUACUUUAUCCAGUAAUCUCUUCGGAAAUUCCGGUCGGUCCACCUGGAAUGUGCUCCGUGCCAGAGAACCCCGAUUGAUGAUCCAGCCUUAGCUCUGAGUCUGACUGUCCAAGCAAGGGGGAGCCCAGCUACGACGCGCCACCCAGCAGGUUUCCCAGUUCGUCAGACUCUAUGUAGAUGCCCUUUGAUCUGGCAAAAGCCAAUCAAUAUUCUGUAUUAAGUAGUCCUCUCUGGACAGACUUUACAUCUCGGGUAGAGUAUUCCGCCCAUCGAUCUCGAUGUCCAAGCUUGCAACGAUCGCCAUGAGCGAAAGUUCCAACCAACCAACCAGAUGACUUCGGACAGAAUCCAAGGGAAGACGCCACGGCGGUACUUGGCCAAGAGCUUGGGUUCAGGAGGGUUGGCUUGGAUUUGUUCACGAAAGUGAACUAGACAACCAAAUCGACGGAGCAUGUCGAUUGAAGUGAACUCUUCGACGAGUUUCUACCAGUCCUUUAUUCCAAAACUCAGUUGGACUCUUUCCAUCGUUUUGAGGCAUUUUCGCGUAGUUAUGCGGUAAACAAUCCCAGCAGUCACCAGCGUACUCGACGUAGUAGCUUCCAGAGACGUUUAUCAACUUAGUCAGCAUUGUGCGAACACUGCCGAACAAAGUCCGCAUAAAACGUUCGCAGGUCUCAUUCAAUCCAGAUUAUAAGGAACAGCCGGACUGUCUGAGACUCGCAGCGAUUGCAUAACUUUGGUCAUGUCGUCACUGCUCAGGACAGGUUCUCCAUCCCUCAGGAGGAACCAUACUACCUUGUCAUCAAGAGAUAAGGAGUAGUCCUGGCGAAUGCCUUUUGGUCACUUCUUCUAUUUCCUCCACGCAGUCACUUUACAGCUUAAGCGGUCGACGCACACCUUCUUAAUUACAUUACAGAUAAUCACUAAUGCGCAUCCCUUUGACCUAACUGAUAUGGGUUUGCAAUUCGGAGAAUCUCUAGGUUUUGCAUGUGGUGCGCGUUGGCCUUUCUGUAGAUCGCACUCAGGACAAUUUACCUGGAGGCCAUCUAUAUGAAAGUGCCCACACCUUCUAUGACGUUCGAGUCUUGUAAGAUAACAUCUACUGACUCCUUCUUCUACUGUUGAACAAAUAUAACCACCAUCAGUCUCUUCUUUGAGUAAGUUUGUGCGUAAGUGUGGAAGCUGCAGGCGUGGAUGGUUUCUUAUGGGUAUGGCCUGGCCGGUGUCCGUAUGUACGAGACAACCACCUGUGCCUUUGAAGUUGAAUUCCCAUCCUAAUUGCGAGCAGUUCCCUUCACCUAGCCGAAGUAUAAUACGAUCUAAGUCUUUUUUUCUAGUGCUGCCAGUAAUCCUACGAAUUCUCAUAGUUAUAUCAAUGACCUAUCUUUGUGCUUUGAGAGAUAUUUGUUUCCACGACUAUCAACCAAGAUAAUCUCUUUUCUUGCAGCAAUGGAACUAGUUGAAAGACUAUGUCCUAUCAGUUUUAUCUCCCCCAAUAUUAUCCACAGCUAUUCCAUCUGCAGUCUCGUCAUCGUCCAAAUUCAGCUAGUAAAGUCCACUCUCCACCGGUUCCGCGUCUCGGCUCUGCCUUGCGACAUUUUGGCUGCGUCCUCCCGGGUGGUAACUCCGUUAGGAAUACCAUGAGGAGCGGCCGCCAUGCCAACUACAUUCGGGUAGUUUUGAGGCAAGUCGAGUUUCUUCGCAGGACAUUUUGUUUCUGCAUGAAUUUCUACUCUAUGUUGAGCCAGACUCAAGGGUCAAAGCAGUGUUGGAACAUUCGAACACAGACUGUUAAGUCGCGUGUAGUUUCUCACUGAGAAACGCUGGAGUUUGAUACAGAUUGCACUAACAGCCUGAGACAAAUGAUCUCUGGCUGCUUUGAUCCCUGUGGAUGUUCAUUGGGGUUGCAAGGAGGAAGUCUCAGCUUCAUCAUUGGGAUUCCAUGUUGUAUGGGGAAAACUUCCAUACGCUUCUUAUGGAAACGCUUAUGCUAUCAUCAUUGAUUCAUACGAUCAUCCAUAUGUUCUUUGAACUGAUCAGAACUGACAAAACGCUAUGAACCUGAUUACAGCUUGAACAUUCGUUAUUCCUGCUAUCUGAAUACGUUGAACUUGAAGGUCCUUUGCCUGUUGAUCGUUGAUUUUGGAACCAUACGCAUUUAGGUCUGUGGGUUAUCUCUGAGAUCUUUCCGGUGUUGCUUUGUCCUUGACUGUGUUGGGAGGCUUGAGCCACAUACGAGAGAGAGAGGAGAAACCGCCGACACCCGCGCCAACUAAGGCCAACGCGUUGAAAGUGGUGCCGGUGGGUACCUUGUUCGCCUGGCGAUCUUGGUCAUUUUGAUGAUCUUCAUCCUUCUGAUCUUGGUGGAUCUUUGUGAUAGUUCAAGGAUUUACGACCAUGACCAACAAUUACCUAGAAAUUCUAACACACGACAGAAGCGCGGCGCUCUCGACCUCCUCGGGGACCAGUAAAUCUCAUUGCGUGAGGACACUAGGCGACCACCCUUCGUUAAGCAGGGUUGCCACAUUCUUGCAUUCCUCGCAACUACCCUCCUUGACCACUUGUUUCCCCUUUCUAGCAGGAGCAAGGGGGUCAGGGAAGAUGGUCGGAAGAAUGCGCCAAUGUUGCAACCUUUAACUUUGGUUAGGCGCUAUCUGUACAGGAUGGAGCAGAGCGUAACGACGAACGUGGAUUCUGAAGGGGAGCUGGAAUGCGUGACCACUGAUGCGCAUAUAACAAGUGUCGGCUGUAAACCAGGUUUACGGCUAUUGUUGCACCGUGAAUGAGCCAUCUACACGACCAUCUUCUACAUCAUCUUCUUCCAGCUCUGGCUUUCGAGGUAAGGCCAGGGUCGUGGAACGCUCUUGGAAUAGACUAAAAAAAGAUGCGUUGUUGAGAGAGGAUGGGUCGUUCCUUGUUGGUAUCUCGAACAGGUGGCAGUAACGUAGUGGAAGGAACUUGGUUGAAAUCUGCGACACGCGGUGUUUGCAGGGUCGUGUCGGAACCUAACAAAUCUCCUGGUGGUGGUGAGAAUGUGCAAAUUUUAAGGCAGUGUCCUUGAUAUUGUUUAGUCUCCCAGAUAGUACAUGUAAGACUAUGUGAGACUCAUGCCAUGCCAUCCUCUAGGACAAGUCGGUCGACUUAAAGAAACUUUCGAUCGGAGGGCCAACAUGGAGACGACUACAAGGAGGAUGCUGUAGUUACUACAUAAUUGCACCAACCGUUCAACGUGGAGAAGUGAAUGUUCUACCCUUCGCUUCUAUUAUAGUACUAGAAGUCGAUGACUAUGAAUGGACAAAUUACCAAAGUGGACAGCAGUCGAAAUGAAUCGACAGAAUCGACAGAUCCCAGCGAUUCUGUCGAAGACCGUCCGAUUUUAUCGGAGGAGUUUCAACUGCUUUCUACUUAAGAUUAGAGGGCUUCCAAGUUGAAGCCCUUCCUUAAUCGAAAUGAAAAUGCGGAAGAUCCGGUCGCAGCCUGCAGGUAAAGCCUUGAUCACCGCCUUAAAUAAUUUUGAUGCAGUAGCAAUUUCCCUCAAGCACAAAGUGAAUGUUCUACCCUUCGCUUCUAUUAUAGUACUAGAAGUCGAUGACGACGACGAGGAGCAUGAAAUUUUUCCUAUCCUCUUGUUCGUGUGUUUGAUAGGGAGUGACCUACAAUUCUGGGUCCUCAGAAAUUAUAAGGGUCGUCCUUCUGUAACCAUAUAAAUUAUAUAUAAGUCCAGUCACCAGCGACGCUUGAAAAAGCACAAAAAUAUAGUGAUUUUGAUUGUAGACCACUGCAGGUAUUGUAGACCACUGCAGGUAUUGUAGACCACUGUAGGUUUUCCCUCUAAGAGUUACGAUGUAUCUGAUCUGCCUCUCCAAGGUGCCAGUGGAUUGCGGAUAUGCGCGAACAAACAAGGAACUAAAGUGCAUUAAGGGUAGGUUUUAGGUGUUCCUGUUACCGUUUGUCAUGGCCCUCCUAAGGGAGACAGGCGUAAUAAAUGGGAAACAGAAACACCAAGAAGACCCUAGUACCUCUAGGAAUGAGUGCCGCCCUCUUCUAAGCGUACGGGGGAAAACAAAGCCCACAUGCCACCGGAGACAAAGUGCGACGGUGGCCCAUGUACUAGCGCGAGUACGAGUGAAUGUUGCCAAACCUGCCCAACGCAUACGACGCUUAUGAUUGGAAAAGAAAAAGCUUAGUGCCGGCUCUUCUGGCAGGCUAAUAGUAGAACUAAAUGGGACACCGACCACCAGCACCAUGAUGAUGAAUUCACUAGCUACCUAGUAGUAGAAGUCCUAGAAGUAGUGCCGGUGCUCCCAACAAACUCAUUUUUCGUAUUGAUCUUCUAACAAUCCCAGUACAGACACAUUGCAGUGUCAUAAUAUUUGCCGCUGCAAUAACGGAAUGCCGGAAGUAGGAGAUGCGUGUGCAGCUCCUAACGCCAUCGACUGCAAAAGUUGUCACAGAGGCUACGAGCGAAUCCUGCAACACGAAGAAGGUAGCAGGUACGAAUGUCAUUGCAGUUCGUCUCAGGGAUAUGAAUUGAAGUUAAGGCUUUGAUGAUGAUUGAACAAAUUAUUUAUCUUAGAAUCAAUUACAAUUCAAUGAAUUCAUUGGCAAUGAAUAGAGGUCGCGUGCUGCAAAUCUUGACUGGCUUUCACCUUUUAGGUGAAGGCUUAGGUCCCGCGACGCAAAUUGGAAAUUUUUUCUGGCUCGUCUUGGGACUACGAUGAAGUAGCUGUUAAUUUCAGUACGGAAGUAUGCAACAAAGUAAUACAUUUGCAACCAUAAUAUUUAUAGAUACAUAGGUUUUUUACGGCUCUCAACAGUUUAUAUAAUUGAACUAGUUCAAUAGUUCAAUAGUUCAACUUCGGCUUCCUCGGCCGUUUUUACAACCGCAGGAAAUGCAUCAUCCACCGAUGGCUUAGUAUGGUCGUCUGGGGUGCAGUAUGAUGAUAUAGAAGCGCCAGCUGCAGCUGUCCUCCUGUGCAGAUUCAUGAUCACAAGAUACUAGGAUCAUCGUGAGAAGAGAUCGUGAGAAGAGCCCAGAACUUCUCUGCUAAGUAAUUAUAUAAAACGGUAACUGCGUAGACUUCAUCGUGUCUGCAAUUCUUCUCUAAUGAAAAACGGUAACUGCGUACUUCGUGUAUGCAAUUCUUGCCAGUAUGGGGUUGCGGCUCAGGGCACUGCGUGCCCAGAUGAUCGUUAUCGAAGUAAAUGCGCCUCUUGCGACAAAAAUUUUCACAUCAACUUAAGGCAGCUUAUUUCCUAUGAAUAUGUAUAUCUUCUAUUUAAGUACUUUUGUGCGUUUUCCUAGUUAGGACAGCUCCACCACAACAGACUUAAGGCAGCUUUAUAGUAGUUUUUCUUUUUCACUAUCUCGUGCUUGUUCUUUGUCGGGUGAAGAAGUAAAGGUAUAGUUGUCCACCUGUUGUACUUGAUAGAUCGGGUAGGUGUCGCUUAAGGAGGAGGGGCGCACCCAAUUAUAAGUAGAGGGGGAACGACCUGUAGUUGGUGUCGCGAUGAGAGGCUACUCACAAUUUCAUGCUCAUCUCUCUACUGUGAGUCGAAGAAGACUCAGGGAAGAGGAAGUCGUAGGUCCAAUCCGAAUCGAGUAACGCCAUCACAUAAAGAUAGCACUUCUAACCUAGAACGAUGGUCAGUGUCUCUGUCGAAGUUCAGAUGGUCGGGCACUCGUAGACGGAAAUUGCGUCGAAAAGCUCUGUAGUGGAUGCCAGAUUAUGGGAAGUGGAAGAUGAGUUUGAGUUUCUAUCUAUAUUUUUACAAUAUUGUAGAACAGGUGCUUCUGGUCCUGGUGCACAACGAGAAUGAAUACAAUAGAGAAAACAUCCGUGGUACUAGUUCUUGAUACAGAAACUAGAAGCAGGUCGUUAUAUAUUACGUCAGCUAAAGUCUACUAAGUUGCCUCAAGUAGAACAAAAUUGUUGAUAUUACGUCUACGUGGUAGAAAAGGCGGCUUAUCCUAUCCUAUCCUAUCCUUUCCUGUACUUAGUGUUCUAAUAGCAAUGGCGUAGCUGCGAAGGAAAAAGAGUGCCCAUCACAAGGAGGUGACGCCUGUGAGUCCUGCAAUGAGCAUUUUACUUAAGGCUUCUGGCUUAAUAUCACUAUCUUAGUCCAUUUGGACUCAGCGUAUGCUGUGCGAGCGGUUUUCCUUUAUUAAGAUUAAGUCUUCCUCUGGUCUGUCUUUUUUCUAGUUAGGUCGGCUCCACCACAUUUAUUAAGAUUUUUAAGUUAGUAGAAAGAGAAAUCAAGGGUUCAUCUUCUACGUUGUUAAAAAUGAAUGGAAAUCUGAGGCGUCAAGAGGGUUUCCCUGCAGAAUGAUGUCAUGGGAAAUCUUAAGCUAACAGGAACGAAAGACGAAACUGAAGACAAAAAAGGCAAAUCCAAGUGGAUAGAAGUCGUGAAGGGCUCUAGAAGUGCUAAUGUAGGCAUACGGGCAACAAAAAAUGCGUAUGCGACAAGGCGAACUUCCACUACAAUUCUGGAGAAGAAAAAUGCCAAUGCAGAAACUCAGAUGGGAAUGUUCUAGUGUUAUGGCUUUUUCUAGUACGUGUCAGAGUCAGAUAGUAAGUUGUGCGUAGUAUGUAAGUUUAAAGGAGAUUCCGGGAAGUCGUAGGGCCUGUCCGAAUCGACUAGCAUCGUCAUCCUGUCAGUUUAAGGCGUUCUUGUUGUUCUCUCUCGUCAAGAUUCUCUAUAGUCAAACAGCAGUCAUCUUGUUGUCUUGGGUGGAGUCAUUAUUUUUAGAGUAUGAUCGUGAAGUCAUAAUUGUUGUGAGCAGUCUUCUACUCUCAAGGACCAGGUGAAUGGAACCUUGGACCAGGUGAGACCAGUCUACUCUCAAGGAGUCUACCGUUCUCAUUCUAAUAGAGAAAUCUCUUCUAGUCCUGCGCUUCUACUCCCUAGGUCGUAGGCACCACAUCCACAUUCACACUCUAAUAGAGGACGAAACUAAUUGCAUCAAGAAGUCGUGCAGUGCUUGUGAAUAUGGGACGGGAGAGACUGGAACGGGCUGCGUUUCCCAUGGCGGGCCAGACUGCAAGUCGUGCAAUAAGCCUUUCAAUUUGAAGAACAAGCGAUGUGUCUGCGAUGGAACGAAUUUCGUUUUUUUAAGGCGGUAAAAAAGCCCAGCAAUGAAUACCAGGAGGACGGAGAGUUCUUUGUCCUUGUCCUGUUGACUUCACCUUCGUCUUAUGCUUCUUGUAAUUGGAAUCAAUCUCCGCCAAGAAGUCCAAGACCAGGGCUUCUCUGUGCCUGUUCUCUCUCUUCUAAGUUAGUGUCUGUUGUAACCUUCAACUUCAAUAUAACCGGUAGGAUGGCUCUCCAAUAGAGGUUGUACUGUCAGACUGGAUGGCCUCAUAAGUAGACACUAAGAAUAGCUACAAAAGAGGCACCAUGGCAUGACAGUUGCAUACCAAAGCCUGUAAGCCUGUCCUUCUCCUGCUUCGUGUUUCUAAUCCCUGACUCCAAUGCCGGGACUUGUACCUGUCCUGAGCCGUUCAUCUAUGAUGCGUCAGCAACGCCAGCGACGUGCACCUGCCCAGCAAGCUUUCGGUAUGAGCCGAGUGAUGUAAACCAGCCUUGCGCAUGCCGCGAUCAAGACGGAAGAGUCCUCAAAUCACAGCAUGUCUGUAUCGAUAAGGUAUGACUAGGAACUUCUUCCAAAGUGCUACAGUAGCUCGAUGAAACACGAUCAUUAGAUGCCUCCUAACGGCCGUAUUUGAAGUUCUUUAGGAACGAACCACAACCGUUGGAGUUCACCAUCAUCCUUCUCCUCCUUCUCCUCCUCCUCCUCCUUCUCCUCCUUCUCCUCUUCGUCUCUAACACAUGUCUGCUCCUCCUGCAAGUACGGCAAACCUGCGUUGAAAACAGCUUGUCCGACGCAUGGUGGUGAGGACUGUGCACAACCGACAGAUCUUUCGAAUCCGAAUGACCCUAACUUAUGAACUUGAAAUCCUUUUCGCGAACGAACGUGUCAUCUACCUGAUUAGAGGGGAAAUAUAACUGCAGAGCAUCUACAAGUGCAACAUGAUAAAACCAAACUCUUGUUUAUUAUAAAAACAUCAAUCAAGUUACCUCUUGAUCUUGUCAGGCACAUCAAUCAAUCAACCAACAUAGAAGGAGCUCCCAGAAGUUUACUAGAGGGUUACUGGAGAACUUGUGCCGCGGAACUUCAUCCUGUACUCCUUUCUUCAUACGCCGCUUGCUUCGUGGAUUUUGACUUCAAUGUGGAGACGAAGAGGUGCGAGUGCGUGAAAGAGGGAUAUCACUUCUAUGAUCCAGAACUAGGGUCCUCUACAACCUCUUUCGUGGUCGGCGAAAAUGAUACUGAUACAGCAAAUAGUAAUAGAGCAGGUGCAGCUGGUGCACCUUCUUCUUCAGUCAGAACUCCUCUAGGAAAAACUCCAGGAAGGGGAGCACUAGAACACCUUCUAGAACAAGAACAGCGAGAAGAGGAGGCCACGUGUACUUGUCGGGAUGAAGAUGGGAACUUUUUGCAAGACCUAGAUGGCAAAAUCGAAUGCCUCGAAAAGGUUUGCUAUACUUGUUCCGGUGGAAUGUUAAGCUCCGGUCGUAGGUCCUGGUAAAUAAGCUCCUUGUUUGCUAGUAACAUAGACUAUGUUCUUGUAUCAGUUGGUUGCAUUGAUCAUUUGGAUUGGAUCGUAUAACUAGUACCCAAAGAUUAAAUUUUUAUACGGUCAUUCGAGACGCGAUGUAUGUAUCUUCAUGUUUGCACUCAGAUCAAGGGCACUACAACAAUAAUAAAUGUUGAACUUCUAAGAAUAUUUAUAACAGAGUAGUUUAUAGCACGCAUGGUGCAUGGAGUAGCAUGGACUGCAUGGAGCGCAGAGCUUUAAGGGGCGCAAGAAGCUCCCCCUUUAGCUCCAUGCUACUCCAUGUGAUCCAUGCACUCCAUGCCAUGCGAGCUGUGCAACCUUAUAAAUUGCUCUGUUAUAAGGGCGAAAAUAAGUUUUAAGCAACAACUCUUCUAAGAAAGCCAGCACGUGGCAAGAAUUGUACCAUCCAUGGAGGUAGCAAUUGUACGGAAGGCACGGGAUUGGCGCAUUCGAAAGAAGAAAAGUUGCUAGCAAGCUCAACAUUUAUGAUAAUUCCUUUUCCCUCAUAAAUUCUAGGUUAGUCCAUCCAUCCAAAGUAAAUUUAAACGAAAACGUGGGACACGUAGUACAUGUUCAUCUUCAUUGCAGCGCGUAAAUAGGGAAGGACGAACAAGGGGACUAGACCUAAGAACAGGGUGUCUAAGUCUAUACGAUAUCAUGACCAAAAUUGGUUCCCAUCUGACUCGUUGCCAUAUAAGUACUUGAGCUUCAUCUCGUCUUACUUCUACUUGUACGUGAUCUCAAGAACCUCAGACUCAGUAGUACCAUUCAUAGACGCAUCGGGAGCGAGCGCAGUGACCAAGUAUGUCGUUCUCGCGGGAGUAUUUGUGUUUAUCUUCGUUCUGCUGGAGUCCGGAGAGGAAGCAGUUGAGGUGGUAGAAGAAAUUCAAUAGAAGUACUGGUGGUAGAAGAAAUUCAAUAAAAGCGCUCAAAGCACUAAGUAAAACAACCGGUUAGUUUUCACCUCUACAAUUCUAGGCUUUUCCCGUGCAACAAUGAAAGUACUAGUUCGCGACCUUCUGGAAUAAUGUGGAUGCGGGGGGAUGGGGUUGGGGUGCUGGCUCUUGAAGAGGUCCAGUGCGGUCCUCGUUGUUGUUCGACUAUGUUGUACAAGGUUGUACAAGGUGGGAUCUCAGACAGUCACCCCAGUGCUGGGUGUGGACAUGACGAAUGACGGCCAAAACCCGUUAUGGUGCUGUUGAUGGUCCUUUUUGCUGCUAAUUUGACAAACUAACAGGAGCACAUAAUAAUCUCAACCUUGCAAUGUAGUUUCAUCAAUUUUGCUUCCUGUACCCAGCAGUGUGAUCUUCGUCCACCACUAGGGUACGACGAUUCUAGACUUCGUAGAUCAUGCUAUAGUGAGAAGAUGACUACUUGAGACGCACUGAUGAUGAUGUUCUCACAGUGACAGAACCAUUGGAAUCAGUCAGAAACAAAUUUCCUUGUUUGCGGAUCGCACCACGCCAUUGAAAAAGAACAAGAGUUUCAAGAG